UCUUUGUAAGUACAAUAACCAGAUGUCAUGAUCAAAGUGUGCUUUGGGGGGAAAAGAGCGCAACUGCUGUUGCAGUCAGGGCGAUUUAAGCGGAGCGCAUUCCUGCACAGCGCUCACACCGGAGGACGAGCCGCGGUGAAACACAGACCGCAACGCCUCACAGGGGCUGGGAGCUCACCUAAAAACCUCACGUCGGAGGUGGAGGAAGUGCUGGGUGUCGCCUGAACAUAGCGGUUACAUGAGCAGCAGCCUCGGCUGAGGGAAACGUUGUGUGUUCGAGGACUGUACGCCGCGAUGUCGGAGUUUCUGGUGAGUCUACUCGGGGAGCGGCUCGUCAACAGCGAGAAAGCCGAGGUGGACGUGCAGUCGCUGGGCGCCAAGCUCUCCCUGGUCGGGCUCUUCUUCGGAUGCAGCCUGAACGCGCCGUGCAAGCAGUUCAACGGCAGCCUGUGCGAGUUUUACAGCAGGUUCAAAAAGGCGUCUGAACACAAGGACAAAUUGGAAAUCGUCUUCAUCUCGUCUGAUCAGGACCAGAAACACUGGCAAGACUUUUUGCAGGAGAUGCCAUGGCCUGCGUUACCUUUCAAAGACAGACACAAAAAGAUGAAGCUGUGGAACAAGUACAAGGUUACCAGUAUCCCAUCUCUGGUGUUUGUGGACGCAGCUACGGGGAAGGUGGUGUGUCGAAAUGGUCUACUGGUGGUCAGAGAUGACCCUAAAGGCCUGGAGUUCCCCUGGGGACCGAAGCCUUUUGCGGAGGUGGUGGCAGGGCCUCUGCUCAGGAACAACAGGCAGACAACAGACAGCAGCUCUUUGGAGGGACACUACGUGGGAGUGUACUUCUCAGCACACUGGUGCCCACCAUGCCGCAGUUUGACCCGGGUCUUGGUGGAGUCAUAUCGAACCGUGAAAGAGUCGGGGCAGAAGUUUGAGAUCGUGUUUGUCAGCGCUGACAGGUCAGAGGAGUCCUUUAAGCAGUACUUCAGCGAGAUGCCGUGGUUGGCGGUGCCAUAUUCAGACGAGGCUCGGCGGUCACGACUCAACAGACUAUAUGGAAUACAAGGUAUUCCCACGCUGAUUCUGCUGGAUGCAGAGGGUCACAUGAUCACGCGACAGGGCCGCGUGGAGGUGCUGAACGACCCAGAGUGCCGACUCUUUCCCUGGCACCCUCGGCCCGUGCUGGAGCUCAGCGAGGCCAACGCCGUGCAGCUCCACGAGGGGCCCUGCCUCGUCCUGUUUGUGGACGCAGAGGAGGAAGGUGAAUUGGAGCCAGCCAAGGAGCUGAUUCAGCCAAUAGCGGAGAAGCUUAUGGCCAAGUACAAAGCAAAGGAAGAGGAGAUGCCGCUGCUGUUCUUUGUGGCUGGAGAGGAUGACAUGAGUGACUCCCUGCGGGACUACACUAACCUCCCCGAAGCUGCACCUCUGCUCACCAUCCUGGACAUGUCGGCCCGUGCCAAGUAUGUUCGCGACGUGGAGGAGAUCACGCCGGCCGUAGUGGAGCAAUUUGUCGGCGACUUCCUGGCUGAAAAGCUCAAACCGGAGCCCAUCUAAAUAUAGUUGGGACAUACUAUAUGGGACUCACUCCAUCAUCGAACCCUGACCACCCUUCCCAGCCUCCCACUCUCUCUCUCUCUCUCCAAACCUCCCCCCUGAUUCUGUCAGACUGUUAGAGAGAUGUCUCGCUUUUUACUGACAUUUUAACAUUUUUUUUAGACAUGUUCCUCUUUUCAUGGAGUCCUCUCUUUCUCCUGUGGUGCCUUGCAUUGACAAUAGUCCCUACAGUAAUAUAUAUGGAGAUUUUUUUUGGCCUCAAGAAAAGUUUUUUUUUCUUCACUUAAUAGCAUUUCUGAACUCUAGAGAAAACCAGAGAAUUACCCAGUGGACCUACUUAUUCAGCUGAUUCUUUGCUUUCUCUUUUGUCUGCGAGAUUCUUGUUACUUUUGGUUUCUGAAUGAUGUUGAGAAAGAAUAAAAUGCAUUUUUACAGUUGUAAUUCACUUGUAGUGCAAAUGUGCUGAACCUCAGUUGGAUGUAGCCGUAAGCCUUUAUGGCCCUAUUUAAAGUAAAAAGAAAAAAAAAACAGGUGCACAUACAGUAAAGAUCACAUUAUACUUGCUUGUAACAGACCAAUGACUGAUGUUUUAAAAACCCCUGUGUCUUGUUGUGUGUGUUAUGAUGUGAGUGAAAGUCAUCUCUUGCCAGUUGUUAAUGGUGGUUCUCAUCUCAAAGUCAUUACGAGGAUUUUCUGUGAAGGUCCCCUAAUGAAAAGGCCAGGUUAUUUCUGAAGGCGCAGACAUGGCAUUUGAAAAGUGUUGAAUGUAUAAAUCCCUGUAUUCUGUUACUUCAGUCAUGACUUCUCACGCCCAUUAAAAAUUCACUGGCAAGCACAAAGUUUUGUUCCUUUUAAGUUCUAUCAAUAAAGUUAGCUCUUGGAUAUGUAAAAUAAA